ACUAACUUUAUAGUAGUAGUCAUUCGUAUUGCCUUCUAAAAGUUGUUUCCGAAGAAGAAAAGAACCGGAUAUGAGUUUCUUAUUUGGAAGCCGUUCAUCAAAGACAUUCAAGCCCAAGAAGAAUAUCCCAGAAGGCUCUCAUCAGUAUGAGCUGCUGAAGCAUGCAGAGGCCACCUUAGGAAGCGGAAACCUUCGAGCUGCUGUGAUGCUACCUGAGGGAGAGGACCUUAACGAAUGGAUUGCUGUCAAUACUGUGGACUUUUUCAACCAGAUCAACAUGCUCUACGGCACAAUCACUGAAUUCUGCACAGAAACCAGCUGCUCUGUUAUGUCUGCAGGGCCCAGGUAUGAAUAUCACUGGGCGGAUGGCACCAACAUCAAAAAACCCAUCAAGUGUUCUGCUCCCAAGUACAUUGACUACUUGAUGACCUGGGUUCAGGAUCAGCUGGACGAUGAAACUCUCUUCCCGUCUAAGAUCGGCGUUCCUUUCCCAAAGAACUUCACGUCAGUGGCGAAGACUAUCCUGAAGCGUCUCUUCAGGGUUUAUGCUCAUAUUUACCACCAACAUUUUGACUCGGUCAUGCAGCUUCAGGAGGAGGCUCAUCUGAACACCUCCUUCAAGCAUUUUAUCUUCUUUGUACAGGAGUUCAAUCUCAUCGAUCGCAGAGAGCUGGCGCCCCUGCAGGACCUUAUCGAGAAACUAGGCAGCAAGGAUAGAUAGACACUGAUAUGAAUACCAUAUCGGUCAGCCUUAAUGCAUUUUAUAGAAAGCCUUGAUUUCUUCCUGUCCACUUUUUGGAUUGCUGAUUGUCUUUGCAACGUCUCAGCUGUGCUUCCUUAAGCUCGUAGAAGGAGUCACCCUGAAAACUCGUGUUUGUUCUGUUGUCAGUAUUACACUGUAGCCUUUAUAAGCAUGUCUUUGUGACGGAUUGGGAUAUAAAACAAACAUCAGAGUUGAGCUUUUAUGGAAGUUAAAGUAAAACCAGCAUUUUUAGUCAGUGCUUUUAAAAUGUUUGAGUAAGAUGUGUUUGGGGAAGGGAUCGAUAUUACUUUUUUAUUUUGAUUAUUAUUGUUUUGUACAAGUUUGAAGGCAAAUGUCAUUUUUGAUUUUUUUUUCCAUUUCUAUGUGAAUGCAUAUUCAACCGUGAAGAUUAUUGUUACAAGACGUUUUUCAGUUGUAGGUCAAUCCCAAGAGAUUUAUAUUCAGACUUUUAAGCAGUAUUUCAUGAGUAAUAAUCGAAGCAUCUGGUUCAUCUUAUUUUUUCCUUUUUUAUUUCUAGUCACAAUAAUGACUUUCUACCAUGUACACAAUCAUUUUCGUAAGCAUU